UGUUUAUCUGCUACUGUUUCUGGGCUUGUUGUCAUGCUAUUUUUAAUGGCUUUUGUUUUAUUUAAUUUUUUUUGUUGAGAAUGUAUUUUCAUUCAAUUCUCAUUCAUUUUGCCUGAAGUAAUCAUAUUGUAGUAUGGUAACACUGCUGACUGCACAGAGCUGAACAAAACAGCAUAAGUGAAUAUUACAAAAUACAGCACAGAUCUUUAAAUGUUUUUUAUUUAUUUUUUUAUUUGUAUUUGUUUUUUUACUGUAUACUGCGAAAAAACUGGUAGACGUGCCAGGCAUGUUAACGAAUGACAUGACGCGUCCCAUAAUGCCCUGCGUUGACAAUAAGGAAACCGGUUACAUAAGCAAGUCAGCGUUUGUUUUGCUAGGUGCAGUACUGCAUGUACAAUUACCUGUGGUUUACCUAGAAACGAAGUCGUCUUUAUAGAUGUGGAGUUUUUAUACAUAAGAGUCCACAUGCUACGACGGUGCAACCAAGCGAUCCAAUUUGCAUUGACCUGUGAUAGCAUUAAAAAAAUAACACAAAGAGGCAAGCAGAUGCAGCAGGGCGGCUCUUCCUACCCCAGCUGUUCCUCUACCUCUGACUGUUUUUCCCUCACACACCUCAGUGCAGCUCAAUGUGGAAGUGAAAAUUUGUCUGAACCAGAGAAAAGUGAAGUGAGAGCAAAUAACACUUCUACAGAGCUCUCCAGGAUGAGGUCCCUUGUGAUGUUCUACUUGUCCUACCUGCUCUGCGUGUGCCUCGGUCUGUCCUGUGUGAUUUGCGUCUAUGUGUGGAACAGCCAGUGGCUAGGUGGGUUUAGCUGGGACGGUUCGUUCCUGCAGUUUAACUGGCAUCCUGUCCUGAUGGUCACAGGUCUUGUGGUGGUGUAUGGUAUCGCUGCUGUGAUGUACCGCAUUCCCCUGACCUGGGGUCAGAAUAAACUCCCCUGGAAGCUCCUUCAUGCUGUGCUGAUGCUCAUUGCCUUGGUCCUGUCAGUUGUGGGGCUUUGUGCUGUGUUUGAUUACCACAAUGCCAAAAACAUCCCCAAUGUUUACUCUUUGCACAGCUGGAUUGGAAUAGUCGCUACAGCUCUGUUUGCAAUGCAGUGGGCAUUUGGUGCCACUGCAUUUCUCUUGCCAUGUUCCCCCCUGUCACUACGUAAGCUCUUGAAACCUGUCCAUGUGUGGUUUGGAGGCAGCGUGGUGUUCCUCAGCAUUGCGGCCUGCAUCUCUGGAAUAAAUGAAAAACUCUUCUUUGAUCUUAAAGAAAACACCACUGGAAGUCAACAUUACCGUGAGCUUCCACCUGAAGCUGUGUUAGGAAAUGCAUUGGGAGUUUUAAUUGUAGCCUUUGGCUUGGUUGUCCUAAUGAUCUUGUCCAACCAUAAAUGGCAACGCCCAGACUCUCGGACGGGUGACUUGGCUUAUGCGCCACUUCUUCAAGAGGAAAAUGAAUGAAUGGAACCGAUGUCAAACUAGCAAAACGUCAUAGGCCUAAAUUCUCUGAAUGUAAAAGCAGCUGCUUCAGUGUGUGAGAAUUAUCUGUAAAUAUGUUUUUGAAAUUGUAUUUAAAAUACAGUAGUUUUGCCCCAAAUACUAAAAAAAACAUUCGAAACAUUGAACAUUAUGAUAUUUUCAUCACUAGUCUAAAUAAAAGUGUAAAUGUGCAGUCUGAACCAAUUAGGUCGGGUGAUUUUCAAAUUGGAAAAAGAUUUAAAAAACAGUACAAAUAUUGCUUACAGUAUUGAAUGUUGUAAUAUUUAAUUGUUGUAACAUUUAAUUGUUUGCUGACUCGCGAAGCAUUUGUCGUUACAAAGGUCCCAAUUUGAGGCAAGGAACAAAUUGAGUUAUGACAGCAGCAUACAGUAUUUAUUGUAUGUGUAGGAUUAUAGGUCCAUCUGUUCUGUAUUCUGCUUGUGAAGCCCCUCUCCUGAUUCCACAUAAGUAAGUAGUAGUGCAGUAGUGAUGAGAGUCAAACAACAGGUAUUGGUUUAUAUGGGUGGGUCGUCAUUCCCUCUGAUGACUGCACAUUCCAAGAAAGCUAACCAGCAUAAACUCUGUCACAUACACUGUAUGUACAAUAAACCACAUCAUCUACUUAUAAAAAUUAUGGUAAAUAAUUGCAUAAAAUCUUUAUGUAUCUUAUACAACACUUUUCUUUGUAUUUAGUACUUAAAUUUAUUUACGCCAAGAAAUUGUAUUUGCUUGUAAAGUCUACUUAAUUUUUUCUAUUUAACAUUUAGUACUAUCUUGCAGUAAAGGCAACUUAAUUCAGUCAUUUCUCUAAUAAUAAUUUUUGUGCUCUACUUAAAGGAAAACUUCACAGAUUUUCAAUGGGGGCUGACCAAAACGACCUUAGGUAGUAUGUAAGAAUAAAGGAACACUCAGAUUAUUCCAUAUUAUCUAUGCGGAGACAUUAUCAUUUAUUGUUGUGCUGUUGUGUUGUUCUGACACAGCUCAGAAGACUUUUUGCCUUGUGCUCACAGACUACAACUAGUGCUUCCUGGUUUCCUCUGUACCUGCCCCAGCAACAGUCAGGCUGAGAGGGGGCGGAGCCAGCCUGCUGGAGCGAAACUGCUCAGUCCGCCAUUGUUUUUCUCCCAUACGCUUACAGCACUAAUACUGUAUUCAGUGGCCGGAGGUCCUACUGUAGAUUAUUUAGAAGACAGCAAGUAUUUCAGCAAGCUAAAACAAUAAACGGUGGGAUGUACUGUAUUACUUACUCAGUGCUCAUUCCACCGGUCUGUCCCAGCUGCUUUUCUGUUUAGUCCUUGGUCUUCUAAAGCUAGUUUCAACUGCAGCUUGCUUGAACUAAUGAUCCAUAACACACACGAUCCCCCGUCAGCAAUUCGCAACUUCACCCAAGAUAAGUCGGCAGCAAUAAAGCUGAUAAAACCUACAAAAUGAAGUAGUAAUAGUUGCUGCCAGCCACUCUGAGCUAAUACCGAAGCUACUGUUAGCAACAUAAGCUAACGUUAAUCCUGACGGUCUAAAACACACAAACAGCAGAUCGUAACUUUACUCAAAGUUCACAGCGCAAACUAAAACAAUAAACAGUCAAGUAUAUUACUUACUCAGUGCUCAUUCAACUGUUCUGUCCCAGCUGUUGUUCCAGUUUCUUCCCGGUAUCCUGAAGCUACUUUUUAGCACCUUUGUCCACAUGUAGCCAAUCCUGAUGGUGUGUCAUCAGCAGUAGAGUCCGCAGCUUCAUCUGAACGAAAUCAGCAGCGGUUCACAUUAACAUGUGGUGCAGACCACCAGCUGUCUACUACACACAGCUCCUGUAAACUGCCCAACAGUCGGAUCGGCCAUUGAAUAUUAGUGCUGUAGAUGUAUGCAAUGAAAACAAUGGUGGACCGUUCAGUUUUGCCUCAGCAGCCCCAUUGCUGGGGCAGGUACAGAGGAAACAAAGAAGCACUAGUUUUUGAGCCCAUGGCAAAACCAUCUGCUGAGGCGUCUUAUGGGAGGAAUAAAUGCUAACUUCUCUGCAUUGAAAUUGUGGAGCAAUUUCCUUUAAGUUUCUUUUAAGGUUUCCUUUAACUUUUCGAGUUCCAAAUUAUUAUUAUAUGUUAUGGAUUAAAACUUCUAAAAGAUUUAAUGAAAUGCCUCAAUAGUGCAUUUCAGUUUAUUCGAGUAACUCAGCCCAGGGCAUAGAUAAGGACCAUCAGGUAUGCACAUGCAUGUGCCAUAUUCAAGAAUACCAAAGAAGCACCUCUGUUCCCUCAAUGACAAUUCCAGUUUCCUUGGGGAGAUCUUGAUCCCUGGUUUUGAUGACCACAAAGAUGCUGAGAACCAACUGAGAUCUGAGCCUCUUGAUUGAUGCAACAUUGUCAUCAUCAGAAACCUUUACAAACAGAAAAGAUAAAACUUUCAGCAUUUGGUCCAGUAUAAAGAUAAGAAUAGUACGUUAUUUAUUUAUUUAACUUUGGUGCUGAAGGAGUUAUUUAAAUAUGAUUAAGUUUGUUAAUAAUCCAGUAAGUUAACAUGUACCAAACUUCACCAUCGUUUUGUGUGAAAUAACUAGAUGCAUUGAAAUUUUAGCCCACUUACCCCACCAAAUAUAUAAAAGCAUUUAUACCUUCGGGCAGUAUAAAUACCACACGUAAAGUACCUGGUCAAAAUAAAAUGUCUGUUAUAAAUAACCAGUAAACAAAAGCAAAAAUAUAAUAAAUUGGUUAAUAAAUAGCAUCCCUCAUCUAAAUAUAUUAUUAACUUUCACAUCACUCUGAAAAUUUACAUCAGAUUCAACAUAAGACUAUAAAAUUCAAAAAUACUGAAAAUGUCAUGUGUUAUGGCUCGACCAAUAAAAUGGCUAGUCUAUUCAAAGGGGCGAGAAAUCUAAGCAGUAGUAGUGUUAGGCAGGGACAUGAGUUGGGUGCAUUUUAAUUACAUUUUUCAAUCAAAUUAAAACACACAAUGCUACUAUACCGUACAACAACACACAUCACAAACAGUGCUUCUACUUAGAUGUCAAUUCCUACGCAACAGUGACAAUUGAUUGUCUGUGGAAAUCCAGGGCAGUUACUCGCUAUCUCUGUAAAGGCAGCAACAACACAAUGCAGUGCAAAUACCUUCAUGUAAAAAAGUAGUCUAAAAUAGUUACAAUAGACAAGGUGUAAGACACUUUUCAGCGCUCGCUUCAAGUUAAAGGUAAUAUUGUAUGUGUGAGGUUAGCUUAAUGUUAAGCUUAGCUGAAAUGACCUUCACUGCCUUCAGUUGGCUAGCUUUCUCUUCGGAAUAAAAUAAAACAAAAAAUAUAUAUAUAUUUUAUACAUUAUACACAUUAAAACACAUAUUUUUACCUUCAGCCAAAAGGUUAGUUGCAUCAUCAGGUUCGUCCUGGACUCCUGCAUUUCUCCCACGAGACAACAGAAUGUUCUAUCUCAGUAGGGGAAGUUCCCCCGAAACACUGCCAGACUGUGAAGAUGCCUUGCCCUCGCAGUGCCACUCAUUUCAACACUUCUGAGGCACCAAAAGGAGUUCAGUGUGUCUCUUAUUAUGAUGGUCCUGAUUUCAUGUCCCCCCACAAUCUGAUAUCAAUUAUGUUUGUGGGCACACAAUCUAUGUGCGUCUUUCACCCAAUUGGUAGGUUGUUGUGUUCCUGUUCCAUGUUACAGAUGACUCCUACGUAAUAACACCUCAGUGGAUGCCGGACGGUGGUGCGGUGGGUAGCACUGUCGCCUCACAGCAAGAAGGUUCUGGGUUCGAUUCCCGGAGGCGGACCUCGUGCCUUUCUGUGUGGAGUUUGCACGUUCUCCCCGUGUUUGCGUGGGUUCUCUCCGGGUUCUCCGGCUUCCUCCCACAGUCCAAAGACGUGCAUUAGGUUGAUUGGCCUCUCUCCAUUGCCCGUAGGUGUGAGUGUGUGAGUGAAUGGUUGUCUGUCUAUGUGUUGCCCUGCGAUGGACUGGCGACCCGUCCAGGGUGUACCCUGCCUCUCGCCCGUAGCCAGCUGGGAUAGGCUCCAGCACCCCCGUGACCCCGCACUAGGGAGUAAGCGGUUAAGAAAAUGGA